AUGAACUCGCUUCGAUUGAGGACGAUACGAAUUCCGCGCAGCACGUUAGCGCUGACGUCUCGCUCACAUGUUCGAAAGUUCCACCCGACGAAACCUACCCCAUGGAUCAAUGAAGCCCUCGACGCUUCCGCGGUGGUAAUACACGGGGUCCACGAUAUUACUCAUCUACCUUGGGUUGCGUCGAUACCUCUGACAGCCUUGCUGGUGCGAACUGUGGUCGGCCUACCCUUACAGAUUUACACCAAAUACAAUGCACGUCGUGAACGAGACAUUGCGCCGCUAAAACAAGCUUGGGCAACAUGGGCAAGUGCCGAGAAGAAAAAACAACUCAGGGGCACAUCAGCUCUCACGAAAGCCCUGAGGAAUGGCGACAUCAACAAACAUUUCCGAGAAAGACUCCAGGCCCUCAAUCAGGAUUGGCGCAUCAGUUUAUUGUAUCGUUACCUGCCUAUCGUGCAAUUACCCGUAUGGAUCGUGUUCAUGGAAAGCAUCCGAGGCAUGUCUGGAAACAAGAAUGUGGAGCCAACCUUCGCGACCGAGGGGGCACUCUGGUUCCCUGACCUGCUGGUAGGCGACAGCACGGGCAUUCUUCCAGCGCUUCUCACUGCUUCUAUUCUUCUCAACGUUCAGGCUGGCUGGAAAAUGACACCCCGUGCUGAUAUUGCCGAUAUGCCUCGACGUGAGAUGUUUCAAGCUUUUUCGCGAAAUGGACUUCGCGUGUUCAUUCAAGUUCUUGCACUUAACGUUGGUUUGUCCAGCUGGUUCUAUGACAUGCCAGUGGCUUUAAUGAUCUAUUGGAUCAGCAGCUCCAACAUUGCCACUUUGCAGAACUUCUUCUUAGAAAAGAAUUUGUUCACGAAGCCACCCAUGCCGCUAGCUUCGCGGCGCUAUGUCGAAUUCCACAAUCCCGAUGCUCAAGAUCCAUUCCACGUUAAGCUGCGCUGA